AUGAAGCAAAAAUAUGAAGGAACAAACCGAGUCAAGUGUGUUCAUCUCCAGGCUUUGCGAAAGGAGUUUGAAACUGCCCACAUGAAGGAAGGAGAAUUAGUGAAUGAGUACCUUGCUCGUGCUCUUGUCAUCAGUAACAAGAUGAAAGCCAAUGGUGAAGAUGUGAAAGACGUUGCUGUGGUGGAAAAGGUUUUAAGGUCAAUGACACCAAAGUUCAAUUAUGUUGUGUGUUCAAUUGAAGAAUCCAAGGAUACGAGUAUGCUGUCGAUUGAUGAGCUACAGAGCAGUUUGCUUGUGCAUGAACAAUGCAUGACUAAUACUGUCCAUGAAGAAGAACAUGCUCUGAAGGUGACUCAUGGUAGCCAAUAUGCUGGUCCUGCUAGACGCGGAAGAGGGCGUUGGAAUUUUGGAGGUAGAGGUUGUGGACAAAGUAGGCAAAAUGUUGAUAAAGCAACUGUGGAAUGCUAUAAUUGUCACAAGCUCAGGCACUUUCAAUGGGAAUGUAAGAAAGGGGUGGAAAAUUUUGCAGAAAGUCAGGCAUAG